UGUAGAACCCUACGCCACACACGGAAGUGGUGGACGGAGCGGCUGUAGACCCCUACUCCACACACGGAAGUGGUGGACGGAGCGGCCGUAGAACCCUACUCCACACACGGAAGUGGUGGACAGAGCGGCUGUAGAACCCUACUCCACACACAGAAUAACUACCAAGGAUUUAAAGAGGCUACAUAGAGAACAAAACAGUCUCAUUCAAGGCAGAGUCAGAAGGCUGCUACAGAGGCAGAGGAGCCACUGAAGAUACUUAGACAAGAUGCUGACAAACCCUACUGAAGAGCUGGUAGACACCGAGGCACUAAAGUACAGGACCUUUGAGAUUGACUAGACCUUCCAGUUGGCCCCUGUCACUGUUCUCUCACCUAUGACACAGCAGACUCUUCUAAGCAUCUGCCAGCAUCUGUGGAAAAGUUGUUGCCGAAGCGCCUUAUAAAAGAGAGUUACUGAGUUGAUGGAGACACCUACUAGCGAUGAAAGUCAUCCCAGGGGACUCUUUUCAUAUCUCACACAGGAGAGAGGACCUGUUCCACAGUGUGCCAGUGAGAAUCACCUCAGCAGCCUCAAGAAAGACAACUUAAAUGAAAAGACGGAGUUGGAGGCAGCGCUUAAGGAAGCUGAGUCGGCAUCCUGUUCAGUAGAAUUACUUUUGCCGUUAUUUAAGAACACCGUGGAAGGAAUUAGUUUAGAAAACGUUAAUCUUUCUGCAUCCAAUUUGAAGAAGAUUUUUGAACAGAAGGAAAUAUUAUCAAAAGAAUUAGACACUUUUAACCGUGUGAAAUUAGCUUUAGAACAACUUAUUAAACAGACACACUACGAACAAACAGGAGAGAACUCGCCCAGCUUGUUGAAGGACCUCAGUGACAAUGAAAGUGACAAUAGUACUCUUAAGAAGAAGGUACUUGAAAAGGAGACCUAUAUCCAAGAACUUCUGUGUCUGUUUCAGAAUGAAAAGGAAAGUGCUUUGAAAGCAAAUCGGUUUUCUCAGUCAGUCAAAGUGGUACAUGAUCGUCUACACCUCCAAAUUCAGAAAAGGAAAGCUGAGAAUGAUAAGCUAAAAGAACAUGUAAAGAACUUGGAAACCCAAAUAGCCAAGUGGAACUUGCAGGUGAAAUUGAAUAAGCAGGAGGCUGUAGCCAUCAAAGAAGCAAGUAGGCAGAAAGGCGUGGCUCUGAAAAAAGCAUCCAAAGUUUACAGACAACGGCUGAAACACUUUACGGGGGAUAUUGAACACCUUACUUCCCAGAUUAGAGCUCAGGAAGCCAAGUUGUCCGAAACAGUUUCAGCUUCCAAUGCCUGGAAAAGUCAUUAUGAGAACAUCGUAAUAGAAAAAACUGAACUGGAAGUUCAGAUUGAAACAAUGAAAAAGCAAAUCGUUAAUCUUUUGGAAGAUUUGAAGAAAAUGGAAACUCAUGGAAAAAGUUCAUGUGAAGAAAUUCUUAGAAAACUUCACUCACUUGAAGAUGAAAAUGAAGCCCUAAAUAUUGAGAAUGUGAAAUUAAAGAGUACGCUUGAUGCUUUGAAGGAUGAAGUUGUUUCUGUUGAAAAUGAACUCGUAGAAUUACAAGAAAUAGAAAAACGACAGAAAACGCUCAUUGACAUAUAUAAAACUCAGGUACAAAAGUUGCAAGAAGCAGCUGAAAUGGUAAAGAGCAGAUGUAAAAAUUUGCUACAUGAAAAUAACCUAAUAAUAAAAAACAAAAACAAGAAGUUAGAGAAGAUGAGAGGCCAGGUGGAGUCUCAUCUGAAGCAGGUAGAGCGAGCCCGCCACUCCUUCACGUCAGCGGAGCAGAGACUUCAGGAGUGUCAGGAGAACCUGCAGCGCUGCAAGGACAAGUGUGCAGAGCAGGCGCACACCAUUAGGGAGCUUCAGGGCCAGAUUGAUGGAAACCAUAGCCUUCUAAACAAGCUUUCUCUUGAGGAGGAGAAUUACCUCAUUCAGUUAAAGUGUGAGAACCUAAAAGAAAAGUUGGAGCAGAUGGAUGCAGAGAAUAAAGAGCUUGAGAAGAAGCUGGACGAGCAGGAGGAGUAUCUGAAGCGCAGCGACCUGGAGCUGAAGGAGAAGGCUGCAGAGUACACAGUGCUGUCCAGGCAGCUGGAAGCUGCUCUGGAAGAAGGGAGACAAAAGGUUUCUGAAGAAGUAGAGAAGAUGUCAUCUAGAGAGAGGACUUUACAAAUUAAAAUAUUAGAUCUGGAAGCUGAGCUUAGAAAGAAAAACGAAGAACAAAACCAACUUGUUGGCCAAAUGAACAGUAAAGCCCAGCAUCAGGACAUAUGUUUGAAGGAAAUACAGCACAAUCUUCAGAAGUCAGAGAAUCAGAAUGAGAGCAUUAAGAAUUACUUGCAGUUUCUUCAGAUUUCCUAUGUAACGAUGUUUAGAUAAAUUGUUGAAUUUAUUGAUUGAUGAUUGUUACCAGUGUUAAGGAGUUUGUAUCUCAAGAUAUUUGAGACAUAAUUUAUUAUCUGAUUGAAACUUUAAGAGCUGAUAACUCUUAGUCUUCAUUUGUGGUAGAUAUUUUGCAUUGAAUUCUGGUUUCAUUCUUUUUUAAAAAAUAUUAAUUUUUAAAGUAUUUUUCUUUCUAUAUGCAAAAAUCAAAAUUAUUCUUAUGAACCAUCGAAGUAAACUUGUAAUGAAUUUAGGCCAGUUAUGAGCCAAAUACAUGAUUUUAAAUAAUGUAUUUACUUGUUUUAUAUUGUGAUGCCAUAUAAAUAAAAUAUUCAGAAAUGUUAUAACAUACA